CCCAGCGCCUGUCUCGCAGAGCAGCAUCUGACUUUUUCAGAAACGGAAACUCUGGCUCCACUCCAACCAACUGGAUCGGAAACUCUAGGAAACUUCAAAAAGGACACACUAGAAUUAAUUAGAAAUGUUAAGAUUGCCCAAAAAAGUAUCACCUAGAUUUGAUCAAAUUCAAGAUGAAGAAACUUACCUGGAGAAUUUAGCAGUACAGAGAAAUGCUUCUGCUUUUUUUGAAAAAUAUGAUCGGAGUGAAGUACAAGAGUUGCUGACUACUGCACUAGUUGGCUGGUUGUCUGCCAAAGAAGAUGUCUGCUCUCAACUAGACAUCCCGUGUGGAAUUAUGAGUCAAAUAAAUAAUGUAGCCUUCUCCACUGCAAUCCUACUGACUCCUGUAGACCCUACUGCCCUCUUAGACUACAGAGAAGUCCAUCAAAUCAUAAGGGAAUUGGCUGUUGGAAUUUAUUGCUUAAAUCAAAUUCCUUCAAUCAGUUUAGAAGCUAAUUAUGAUCAGAGUUCUUCUUGUCAAUUACCUCCAGCUUAUUAUGAUACCAGAAUUGGGCAAAUUCUGAUCAAUAUUGACUACAUGUUGAAAGCACUAUGGCAUGGAAUAUAUAUGCCCAAAGAAAAACGAGCUAGAUUCUCUGAAUUGUGGCGUACCAUCAUGGACAUUGAUCCAGAUGGGAAGCCUCAAACAAAUAGAGAUAUUUUUGCAGAGUUUAGUACAGCAGGUUUGAUAGAUAUUACAAAGGAUCCAGACUUUGAUGGCAUCUAUGAUGAAGACAUGAAUGAAGAUCCAACAUAUAAUCCCAAUAGUCCUGAAGAAAAAGCUGUAUUUAUGAAAUAUGCUGAAAAUAUUCUACUAAAGUUGACAUUCAGUACCACACAAGUUCAACAGUGUGAAAAUGUUUUCAUAUUUGAAACAGCCUAUUGGCUUACUAAUGCUGUAAGAUAUAAUCAGGAUUAUCUUGACAUUUGUACCUACCAGAGAUUACAGCAAAGGUUAUAUCUCCAAAAAAAGAUUAUUCAAAAACACUUUGAGAAGAAAACAGAAAUCAGGAAAGGGAUAGGAUACCUAAAAUUAAUAUGUUUUCUGACUCCAUUUCUGCUGAGUUUAAAAAAGAAGAUGAAAGUUCCAUAUUUAAGUAGUCUGCUUCAGCCUUUUUCAGAUGACAAGGUCAAGACUGAGCGAGAAUUGCCUCCAUUUAUAUAUGGACGAGAUUUUAAAUGCCAGAAUUUUCACUACAAAGAGGAUCAGUAUUUUCAUGUUCAUGGAGGAAUUGAAUUUGAUAUCAGCACUCCUUCAAUUGAGAAUGCUUUGGAAGAUUUUAAGAACAAUUUAGAAAAAAUACGGGAUUGUGCUGCUAAUACAUUUGCAGAAGAUUCAGGAUACAAAGAAUAUUACUCAAUACCAACCAUGAAAUUAAAUGGAAAAAGCUACUAUGUGAUCAGUUUUGAACUUGAAACUUUUUAUCAGCAACUAUAUAAGACACAGUGGUGGGGAGCCAUAAAUGAAAUAGUGAAUAAUCUGAGACUGAAAAGACUUCCACUGACAGAUGCUCAAUUACAUGAACAAUUUAAGAAAAAAUUUGGUUUCAAAAAAGCUAUGAAAUGCAAGAGUAUCCCAUUUGGUAUGAAGUCUGCUGUUGAAAGAGGAUUAUCUGCUGUUUUCCAUACAUUUAGCCGUAAAACUUCAAGCUCGACGAUCAAUGUUUCAGAUGAGGCAGGUUAUGCUAUUUUUCAUCAAGCUGCUCUACACAACAGAGUUCCAAUCAUAUGUCAACUGUGCAAUGCCAACUUCAAUGUCAACCAGAGACGCUUUAUUAUACUUAGCCAAGGUCCAACACCUCUACACCUGGCAGCACAGGCUUGCUCAUUAGAAACAACCAUGUGUCUACUUUGUUUCAAAGCUGAUUACACAGUUUCUGAAAAAAGAGGCUGGAUGCCAAUUCACUUUGCUGCUUUCUAUGACAAUAUCUGCAUCAUAAUUGUUCUCUGUAGGAAGGAUCCUAGUUUACUAGAAGCUGAGGCAACAGCUGAGAAUCAGUGUACUCCACUGUUACUUGCUGCCACUUCGGGAGCACUGGACACUAUUCAGUACCUACUUUCUCUUGGAGCUAACUGGAGAAAAACAGAUAUUAAAGGAAAUAAUAUAAUUCAUUUAGCAGUGCUAACCUUUCACACGGAGGUUCUCAAGCAUGUAAUAGAGUUAAAUAUUCCUGAACUCCCAGUUUGGAAAACUUUGGUAGAAAUGUUGCAGUGCGAAAGCUAUAAACGAAGGAUGAUGGCUGUCAUGUCUUUAGAAGUAAUCUGCUUAGCAAGUGAUGAAUACUGGAAAUGUAUUUUGGAUGCAGGCACCAUUCCUGCCUUAAUCAAUCUAUUAAAAGUUUCCAAAAUAAAAUUACAGUGCAAAACAGUUGGGUUAUUGAGUAAUAUCUCAACCCAUGCAAAGAUAGUGCAUGCUCUAGUAGAAGCAGGAGCCAUUCCAGCUUUGAUCAACCUACUGGUUUCUGAUGAACCCGAACUACACUCUCGGUGUGCUGUCAUUCUAUAUGAUAUCGCUCAACUUGAAAACAAGGAUGUUAUUGCCAAAUAUAAUGGAAUUCCAGCUCUGAUAAAUCUUUUGAACUUAGACAUAGAAAGCGUUCUAGUAAAUGUAAUGAACUGUCUACGGGUAUUAUGUAUGGGAAACAAAAACAAUCAAAGAGCAGUGAGAGACCAUAAAGGCAUCCCAUAUCUUAUCACAUUUCUGAGUUCUGAUUCAGAUUUAUUUAACUGGUUCUUGAAUUCAUUUGAAGAUGUGUUGACAGCUGUAUCUUCUGUUACAAUUGCUGAGGUUGCACGUGACAAUAAGGAAGUUCAGGAUGCUAUGGCUAUGGAAGGAGCCAUUCCUCCUCUGGUGGCUCUUUUUAUAGGAAAACAACUUGGUGUUCAAGUGAAGGGUGCAAUGGCUGUGGAAGCACUGGCAAGUUACAACCCUGCUAUACAGAGAGCAUUUCUGGAAAAAUCAUUAAGUAAAUAUCUUUUAAAACUCCUCAAGGCGUUUCAAAUAGACGUUAAGGAACAAGGAGCUGUAGCACUUUGGGCCUUGGCAGGACAAACACUGAAACAACAAAAGUAUAUGGCAGAACAGAUUGGAUACAACUUUAUAAUAAAUAUGCUUUUAUCACCAUCAGCUAAAAUGCAGUAUGUUGGUGGUGAAGCAGUCAUAGCACUAAGUAAGGACAGCAGGAUACACCAAAAUCAAAUAUGUGAAGGGAAUGGAAUUGCACCACUGGUUCGCUUACUAAGGAUUAGUAAAAUAGCUGAAGGAACACUUCUGAGUGUCAUCAAAGCAGUGGGAUCCAUCUGUAUUGGUGUCGCCCAUACAAGCAAUCCCAUUAGUCAACAAUUUGUUGUAGAAGAAAAUGCCUUUCCAGUACUUAUCCAACUACUGAGAAAUCACCCUUCUCCUAACAUUAAGGUUGAAGUGGCAUUUUCCUUGGCAUGCAUUGUCCUAAGGAAUGAUCGGUUACAGAAUGAAUUACAAGAAAAUGAAGGAUUUAAUUAUGCUGAUGUCCUUUAUCUUCUUCACUCACAAGAUAAGGAUAUUUGUUUAAGAGCAGGCUAUGCGUUAACCCUUUUUGCCUUCAAUAGUCGCUUUCAACAAUACUUAAUAUUGGAAAGUGGAAUAAUGACCAUAUCAACUUUUGAACCUUUUCUUGAAUCAACAUUUGAAACUGAGAAGGCAAUGGCAGCUUUUCAGAUUAUUAUAUUAGCUAAAGUCAUUAUAGAUGUGGACCACAUUACUUUGACUGCAAGAGGUGUUACUAUUUUAGUUGAUAGUCUAUAUUCAGUUCAUUCCACUACUAUUGUCUUGACAGGGAAUUUAAUAGCUACCCUGGCUCAUUCUAGAGCUGGUAUUCCAGAAGCAUUUACCACAUUAGGGACAAUCCAACGGCUCUGCUAUCAUUUGUACUCAAGGCAAGAAGAGGUUCGCAUGGCUUGCUCCAGUGCUCUUGGCUACUUAACUUACAAUGCAAAUGCUUUCCGAAUCUUAUUAAAGGAAUGCAGGAAUAAGCCUAAUCAGUUCCUUCGUAUAACAAAGAACAUCAGCAGAGAUGCAAGUAUAAACCCAGCAUUUUUAAAGGAAUUUCAAAUGCAACAAAGAGUGGGACUUCCUUCCUUAAGUCUGGAGAAAAAUGGAGGACCAUCCAUAAUUCCUGUCUUUAAAAAAGCAAAGCCGAUCGACCGUCCUUUCCUAGGCGCAAGGAAGCCCGAACCUGUCGCCCCGGAAGUGAUGUCAUCAACACGGUGCCCGCGUCCCGUCGCCAGUGUCAGCUGGUAUUCCCCUAGAGGGCGUCACUCUUCGAGUAAAUAUAAGCACAAAGGCUCUCCUUCCCCAGAUCGUGCGCUCAAGCAAUUCUCCCAGAUCUGUAGAGCACAGGCUCCGGACGCGCAGGCUCAGCGGCCAUGGCUCACGGGCCUAGCCGCUCUGCAGCAUGUGGGAUCUUCCCGGACCGGGGCACGAACCCCUGUCCCCUGCAUCAGCAGGUGGACUCUCAACCACUGCACCACCAGGGAAGUCCUGUGUUUCUCUUUUUAAAGUUUCUUUGCUGACAAAUAUUUUUUGAUGUGGAACAUUCUUUCAUUAAUGGUAAUACCAUCAAUCAGGUCUCAUCUUUGGAAGAUAUUUUGCUUUUUAUUUCAUUUACAGAAUGAUUAUGCUUAUUUUACAAAUUUACUGCUUUUUAAAAAUUGUGUUAAAAUAUGUUAACAAAAUCACCAUUUUAAACAGUUCAGUGGCAGUAAGUACAUUCACAUUGUUGUGCAACGGUCACUACCAUCCAUCUCCAAAACUUUUUCAUCUUCCCCAGCUGAAACUCUGUAUCCAUUAAACACUAAUUUCCCAUUUCCCUUUCAUCCCAGCCCCUGGCAACCACCAUUCUUUCUGUCUUUAUGACUUUGGGUACUCUGGGUACCUCAUGUAAGUGGGCUCACACAGUACUUGUCCUUUUGUGACUGGCUUAUUUCACUUAGCAUUAAUGUCAAGGUUCAUCCAGUGUGGUAGCAUGUGUCAGAAUUUUCUUCCUUUUAAAGCUAAAUAAUAUUCCACUGUGUACAUACACCAUAUUUUGUUUAUGCAUUCAUCUGACAGUGGACACUUCGGUUACCUCCACCUUCUGACUGUUAUGAAUAGUGCUGGUAUAAACGUGAGUCGUACAAGUAUCCUCCUUUCAAGUCCCUGCUUUCACUUCUUUGGGAUAUAUACUCAGAAGUGGAAUUGCUGGAUCAUAUGGUAAUUCUGUUUAAUUUUUUGAGAAUUUGCCAGACUCAGAUGACCUUAUUUUUCAAGUGUGUGGGGUCUACGUUUUUUGGUAGUAGAGGGAGAGGGUGAAUUUCUUUGUUGCUUCCAUAAACUCCCUAUGACCAUUAAGCACCAUGACAGAAGCAUGCGUCUGAUAAUUCAAAGGAGGGACAGAUGUUUCAAAGCAGGAUCAUUGUAUCAGGUUUUCAUGUAGUAGCUGGUAUACUCGUAUUUUCCUGGGUAAUAGCCAAUAAAUCAUCUGCUCUUCUGUUUCCAUUUAAAAAAUUACAAAAUGAAGAAGAUAAUGCAUGCUUAUCUUGCAAAAUCUUCAAGUUUUUCAAAAAAGUGUUGUCAAAAAAUUUAUAACUAUAUAGUUGGAAAGUCAGAAUAUUUAUAUAUUAUAAAAUUCCUCUCAUAUUUUAUAUUUUAGAGUUCAUUCCACAGUGUUAAUGAUGUAGUUUCUUUACUUAUAUUCUUGAAUUUGAGAAGAAUGUAUUUUUAUCAAUGUAAUUAUGCAGUUAGAGUGAAAGGACAUAGUAAUAAAAUUGGCUUAUCUGCUAACUUAAAAUUAUAUAGAACUUUAGAGCUACAGGUUGAGCCACUUUCACAACCAUUAGUUGUUUAUUAAAGACUUGAAUGAGUCAAAUAGAAUAAAUUACACUGCUAUACUGAACAUAAAAUAAAAUCCAAAUAUAUUUUUACUAAACUUUUUAAUUAUGAAAUAUUUUAGAUUAUGAAAAAGUGUCAAGAAUAAUAAAAUCAACUUUUGUGAACCCAACACCCAAUAUAAGAGCUAAAGUAUCACCCAAUACAGUUGAGCUUUCUGGGUACUGUAUACCCAAGAUGUUCUGUAUACUAAAUUUGAUGUUUAUAAUUCUUAUACAUUCACCUGUAGCUAAACAAAAGCUUUUAAACCCCAUAUAACAAACUAUCUGCUGAAUCAUUUUUAACUGGAACUGAAAUUAGGGAGUAAAAUAAAAACCUGAGACAUCUCACUACUUUCUGACAUCAAGCAAAAUAAAGGUUUAUCUUUGCUAUUCUCUUACCUACCUUACUUCCCUGCCCAGUGCUACUCAAAACUUCCUUUUAUUUUACCUAGACUUGUCUUCCCAGUACUAAAUUUGUUUACAUUUCCAACAUCAAUAUGUAAUAUCCAUGUAACUGUUUUGGGAAUUACACUUUUCUAUCUGUCCUGUUAGAAAGAUUAUUAAACUGCAUUGGUCUAUACUGGGUUGCUGCAUUUGUCUUUUGCAGGAUUAGCAUGAGGGUAAUUUGGAGUCAUAUUUACCAGUGAUAUAUACUAAAACAGGAGACAAACUAUAAGAGAAAUAUAUUGCAUGAGAAGAUUCACCUUCAGCUAGAGAAGAUGAAUCAAUAGGCUAAAAUCUAACAACAUGGGGAUCUAUAGAAAAAAUAAGAAAUCUUAGACUUUGGUUUAAUAAAUCCAUUAAAUAAGUACAUGAAGGGAAAGCCACCAUUGAACAGCGCUACAUGUUGGGACUUGAGGUUUUAGUGACCAUAAAGUGAAUCAGUGAUACGUGGCUCUCAAAAUAGCUAAAAUAAUAGGCUGCAUUAAAAAAAAGUAUCCAGAACAAGGGAAGUGGUACUGUUGUAGUGACAUCACAUCUAUCACCUCUUGUAGUUAGCUUAGGGCUAUAUAAUAAUAAAUUGCAACUUACAGCAGAAUUACCAGGAUAGUGGGAGAAAUUUGAAACCAUAUCAUACGGAAAAUGGUGAAGGCUCUGGUAAUAUUAGUGCUGUUGAUAACAGUUUAAAAGUUAACUAAUUGAAGAGUUAUACAGAAUAAGGAUUAAAUUUUGGCUCAUUGUAAAACAUGUUAUAAAUUUCAUAACAAAAAUGCAGGCUUGUAAAUUUUAAGUCUUCCUUUAUUAGUGCUAACACAGAACUGAAUAGAGGUGUCAAUGAAACUGAAUAGAGGGUCGAUGAAAAUUCAAGGUAAAGGAUGGGGCUGAAUACAGCCUCUAAGGUCUGUUCUAACUCUUAGCAUCAUAUAGUUUUGUAAGGCUAAUUCAUACAGAUAUUAGUUAAGGAGAUAGCUAUGCCCCUUCAGGAUCUUUCUAGUUUAAUUGACAAUAGUGACAUAAACCUAAAAAAUACCAUUCUUAUGUUUAAAAAAAAAAACAAGGAUGGGGCAAGUCAAAAGAACACAGGAGUUAACUUGGGAAGUUCCACUGGGAACUCCCAAUGGUCAAAGAUGGGGGACAGUUUUAGCAACAAAUUAAUAAUGAUUAUAAUGGAUUAUAAACCAAAGAAUAAAAUAUCCAUGAGUCCAUAAUAUAAAUGAUUGAAUAAAUAAAUGGAAGAGAAAGGAAAUAUAUGCCUUACAAAAGAAUUCCAAUAAAUACAUGUAGAAGGAAUGAGGGAAAUAGAAAACCACCACUGGAACUCCACAGUAAUAACUGCUGCAGGAAAGAUUCACCAAUGAAUGCUAAAGUCAGUAGUAUUUUUGAGCUCAUGCCUAUUAAGAAAUUGAUUAUUACGUGUCCUGACUUGAAAUAAGGAGCAAUUAUAGCAUAGCAAUUGAUUUUGUUCCAAACAAUAGUCAUUAUAGAUUUUGUUUAAAAAAAAAAGUUUUUGUUUUACACUAAACUCUACCAAUUUGUGAAAUGGGGAACAGUUUUCAUAUUCACCAUUCAACCAUUCACUAGGUUUUAAGGCCAAAAAACCGUGAGUCAUUUUAGUUCCCUUCCUCCUACUCACUUUCAAUAUACCAGUGUUUUGUGAGCUGUACUUGCUACGUAUAUCACAUAUCUGACCACUUCUCACCACUUCAUCAGCUAAUUCCCUAGUCUGAGCUACCUCUUGCUUGUUGUAGCUAUUCUUCCUGCUUCCCAUUCCCUUAACAGUUUUUUUUCAACAUUAGCCAGUAGCCUUCACAAAACAAACAAAAAACCCCAGAUCCCUUUACUCUCCUGUGCAAAACUCUCCAAUGGCUUUGUCAAGCUUAGAAUACAAUUUGUUCUUUACCUUGGUCUAUAAAGUCCUUUAUUGAUCUGACCCCUACCUACUUCUCUGAGCUCAUUCUCAUUGCUUAUUACUCCUUUCCAGGCACAGUGACUGUCUGAUUUUUCUUCAAACACACCACCCUCAUUCCUGCCCCAGAGCUUUAAUAUUUGCCAUCACCAGUACUGGAAAGUCUCUUUCCCCAGAUCUUUGUACUCCUUGCUCCUUUACAUCAGGAAGGUCUGUGUCUAAAUGUCACCUUAGUUAGGAUAUUUAGGGAAGACUUUUCUGAGGCAGGCUCCCCUGCCUUUCACCGACUUAAUUUUUUUUCCCUAUGGCAUUUAUCACUAUGUAAAAUAAUAUUAUUUGUUUACUCAUUUAUUAUCUGUUCUCCAACUUGAAUGUAAGCACCUAAGGGAAAGGACUUGGUUUGUCUUGCUUACAAACUGUAUCCACAAUACCUAAAACAAUUCCUACAACAGAGUGGGCCCUCAAGUAUCUACUGAAUAAGUAUCUUUAAAACACUGAAGGGCAAAAGUAGGCAAAACAGCAGAAGACCUGUAUUAGAGGCAGAUUUCUAUCUCUGAAGUCUGUGCAAAAAAUAUAAGCCUUUUGAAAUAAACUUAAAAAUGAAGAAAAACAAAAGAAUAUUUUUUAGCUACCUUAAUUUUACAAAUUCAGCUGCUUUAAAAAAAAACUUGAAAAAUUUAAGUGUAACUCGAUGACUGACUUUGGAAAGCUUUUGCAAUAACCUUACACCAAAGAAAAAUUUAUUAAAGUAUAGAUUACUGGUUAUUUAAAAAUACAUGAGAAAAGACAAACAUACAAAGGCAUUAUCAUACAACUGAUUUCUAAACUCAAUACUUUUGAAAUACAAAACAAUGAUCAUUACCCCCAAAAGUCAGUUUGAAACAUAUUGAUUUUUAAGUCGGUAUUAUAAUUCUUUUCACUCAAUUUUGCUUACAAAUGUUACUAGGUUUUUCAGUUUCGUCACAUAUCAGAACUUUUUUUGACAUAUUUCUCAAAGUAGAAUAUAGUUAUUUCUUGCAAUUAAUGUCAGCAACUAUAGAAAGCUUCUCUUAAGUCACAAGGAUUCAAUAUGGUUGCUGCUUUGGAAAUAGUUACCAUUCUGAGUUAUCUAUACUAAGAUUCAUGUAUUGACAGGCAAAAUAUUAAUGGGAAAAGUAUGGAGAUUGAGAGCAGGAUGACUAAGAAAAGAUGGUAUCUUUUACUGCAGACCUGCUAAAAAAAGACUCCAUUAUUUACUCUGAUAGUAUUGCUAGAGAAGCAGUUUCUGCCAGAUCACAGGUUGGCUAUGUAGUUGUCCAUUUUAAAUUUCCAUCGCUAAAGAAUGGCAGACUUCAACAAUUAGAUUGCUCAACCAAAUAAGCAGACCUUUAAGUUACCAUAUACUUUAAUUACGAGAAAUAAGUUAUUUUCUUAAUUGGUUUAGCAGCCUUGUAUCUGGAAAGGCAGCAAAACCAACUUUGUUCCCAAAUUAGAAGGCCGACUCAGAGGCUGCUUCUAAGGUGCCUAACUAUCUUCUAUCAUCAAUCAGCCGUGAAGGUGGACCUUCAUGAACUCAGUAACUUAAUAAAUGUAAAAAUGAACUCAUCUAUCAACACAAUGUUGAGCCUGCAAAACCAAAAAAGUACAUUCAUAAGGUAGGAAUUGGUUUGUAUAAAACAAGAGGAUAUAUAUCCUCUUAUAUAACAUAAAAGGGAUAUGCAUGGUAAUAAAAACAAUCUAUAAUAAAGUUGUAAAGAAAUGAUUCUGGUUUACAUGUAACUCUGCUUAACCUGACCAUGACUGAAUGAUUAAACAUUUUCUUCUCCUAACAUAAUGCCCAUUCAUUAUAAGCUAAGCUGGACUUAGUUUCUUAUAAAUCUCUUAUUUCCUUGGAUUUAUCUACUACACCCUUACUUUAUAGCCAUUUAACUUAUAAGCUGGGCCUGCCCAGCCUGCCUCUAAAGCCUCUCUUCAGAAGGAUACCAGAUGCAUUAAACAAAGGCAUCUUCUCGUAAGAAUCUGCACUUUAACACAGCAUAUAAAGAACCAGCAAUUGGUUCUCUAAUGUAGCUACCUCUCAUUUCACAUUAUCACAGAAACAGUGCAGUUUAGUAACCAUUCCUUCCGUACAGAAAACUCAGUAGCUGUAAAAAUUUUUGUUGUUUCAAAACACAUUUCAAUACUUAUUAAUUCCAAAGAUCCGAACACCAUGUAGCUGUGGCAUUUUGGGAAUCAGCACACUCAGGAGAGAAGCUGUGUUCAAGAUGAAGUGAGUUGGAUCAUACUUCGUAUAGAAACUUGCCAGA